AUGAAGAUGAUGACACUACCUACAUCAUCGAGUUUGAAGUAUUACUUUUUAUUUUUAUUGUUCAUUAUUGCAACCACCAACAUCAGUCCGGUUCAAUCACAAACUAUAGUUCUACCACCUGAUGAAUUAAACUCUGUUAUUUGGUUACUUAGAUUCUAUGGUAUUGUAGAUGUAGGUCAAACAUCAAAUGAAAUAUGUGCAAAUGCUCAAUUCACAUGUGCACUCAUUACAUCUGAUCAGAAAUAUCAUGUCACUUUUAUUGAUCUUACGGUUACAGCAUUCCAAUAUGUUGGAGAAUGGACAGAUUUAAAUAUGACACAAUUAAUAUUCCCUGAGUUGUUGAGUUUGACAAUCAAUGAUUACCCAGGUAACACCAAUUACACCUAUAAUCCAUUAGACUAUCUUCAAAACCUACCUAAACUAUCUAGUCUUAGAAUAUUGAAUGAUCUUCGUAUCUCUUCCAUUCCAAAUACUUUUGAUCAAGCAUUCCCUAUUCUACAACAAUUAACAUUGGAUUGUGAAAAUCUAACAAGAAUCGAUAAUUUCUUUAAUAUUACUAGUCUUCAAUUAAUUGAUAUUGAAGCACCCAAUUUAGGUUGGGUUCAAAUCAAUGACCCUCAGUAUUUACCAAACCUCAUUACAUUGUCCAUUGUAAUGCAAUCCAUCUAUGAUACUAAUUGGGUUUUUAGAGAUACUAGAUUCCCUAAUCUUUAUUCAAUGUAUUACUGUUAUGGAAAAAUCCCUGGAAAUAAUUCUUUAAUCUUUUUUGUAAUGACUCCAUCUGUGAGAGAAGUUAGAGUGGCUACUCUUGGCUCGCAAAGUACUAUUCUUCCAGUAUCAGACUAUCCUGCAAACAUUAAAGUAUUAAAGGUUUCAGGUCUAACUGCUCGUCAUAAUCCAGGACUAGUAUCAGCUUAUCCAAAUUUACAAGAAUAUUCAUUUACCGAUUCUAAUAUUACAACUAAUCCAUUCAACACAUCUGUACCAGCAUCAAUGACAGAACUAUCAUUGGCAAACAAUGACUUGGCAUUUAGUUUUCCACUACCACCUUCAUUUUUGGCCAAUAGUCCAUCCUCUAUGCAACUCAAUUUAGAGUCGAAUAUGGGGAUUGAUGGCAUUGUACCAAAUGAAUUUUGUAACAUUGCUGGUUUGAAUAUUAAAUCAACCUCUGUCACUGUACUCCCAGAUUGUUUCUGGUGUUACAUUGAUAAUACACAAGCCAUUCAAACUGAUAUCUCCAAACCAGGAGGUUUUUCAUGCAUUUUUUCAGUUGAUACAACUACAUUGAAUUCUAUUAGAGGUGUUUUUAACAUCUCAGGUGUAAAUAUCGGUUGGGGAGGUCCAUCAACAGAACUCCAAGUAAUUAUUCCAAAUAAGUUGUUACAGGGAACAAUGAAUCCAAGAAAUGGAAUAGUUCAAUCAAAGAAUAUUGUAUUUAAUCCAAAUGACCCAUCACUAACGGAGAGUUUUAUCAUUACCGAGGUUGGAUUUUUGGUUGAUACUGUCAAUGUGGCCAGUCAAACAUUGGAUGAAAAAUUCAUAGAUAUUCAUUACCAAUAUGUCAAUCUUGACACUAUCCCAGACUUUAAAAUGAGUGAUGGUUCAACAUGUGUUCUCGUCCAACACAACGCUACCACCAAUACUUCAACAUGUUCAACAAAAUUCAACUUUAUAACUAAUAAUCCAACCAUACUUGCUUCAAAUCAACAUAUUUCUCAAUCUAUUACUUUUAAUUUCAAACCAACAAUUAUCAAUUCAUUAUCAAUUAAUAAUCCACCAAUGACAGUUAAUUUGAAUGGAUAUUUUGGAUUGAAUAUUACACAUGGACGAAUCACUAUCAAUGAUACUAUUGGUUGUGAUAUCAUCGGUGCUGGAGUUGCGACCAUUGAUUCAAUUCAAUGUAAAUUUAACCAAGUACUGGCAUCGGGACCUGCAACCAUCACAGUAGUAGUACCAAAUGGUCAGUACACCUCCAAAUCACUCUUAUUUAUUCCGUUCCCAUUACCAACCGACAAUAGUUGUCAAACUAAAACAUCAAAUUGUAAUGGUCAUGGUACUUGUAUAAACGGUCAAUGUGUUUGUGAACCAGGAUGGUAUGAUAAUUGUAAACUUCAAUCAAAUACAAAUCCAGAUGUAAUAUUCCAAGUUAAUAAUACAGACCCUGCACCAAAAUUUGAAUACAAUGAUUUUGAAUUUUCAUUUAAUAUUAUUGCCGUUCAGGAAUUGGAUAUUAAUGAUGUAGUUAUAAAAGAACUACAAACUAAAAAAUGGAAUGUAACUGAUUUAUCAACUACGGAUAUCGUCAAUAUCAAUUAUGAAUUGGUUAAAACAAUCGAUUUCCCAACAGUAGAUGUUAUCACAACCGUUGGAUUUUCAAAUCAAUCUAGAACCAUUUCAUUUGGAGGUGAAGAUAUUCAGCUGGCAAAUGGUGCCAUUAAAAUUGGUGUAAAUGUAACUAAUUGGCCAUUCGAGAAUGUUUUAUCACAUCUAAGGGUUGUAUUCUCUACCGUUGUCAAUAACGACCAAUUCAUCCAAGACAAAUGCUCAGGUGAAUUGACAGAGAUUCAAUCAUUCCAAAACUUUAUAGAUAAUGCCGAUUCGUUACAAUACCUUCGUGUCGUUAAAGACAAUGUACAAUUCUUUGGUCGGUUCCUUGAAUACUCAGUGUCGGAUGGUAGAAAGACAUACUCCAAGACUGAAGUGAUGAAUACCACUGUACUUAACAUAGACCAGUCUCUAGCAAUCAUCGGUAUACAUCUACCACAGUGUCAAUCGUGUCUUUUAGACCCAGACUUUUCAGCAUUGAUAGUUCACGACGACUCUUCAAAUGACGAGUGUGACAAUGAAAAGAAUAACACCUGGAAGAUUAUUGUAGGUGUAGUAGUCGGUGCAGUAGGUGCCGCUGCAAUAGGCGUUGCCAUUUACAUUAUCAUUAAAAAGAACAAAUACUACUUUGUCCGAAGAUCCGCAUCUGUCGACAUGAAAAGAUUUAAAAAGAAUAAAGAUAUUAAUUAA